GUCUCGUGACAUACUCUUACAAAAGUUCACCGAGGUGGAUUCGCUAGGCCGCUUCACCCUACGCAUUUUGCUAUUUUAAAGCGACUGUUCGUGAUGUUUUUAGUUACACAACUUCACAUUCUUGGUUAGAGUUUCAAAAUAGUUGUUGGUUACUUUGUUUUUACUAUUGACAAGCAACCAUGGAUGCAGUGAACGCGUUCAAUAUGGAGUUGUUCUCCAUGAUUGACAUGAAGCCGCCCAUAUCUCGUGCUAAGAUGAUGUCCGUAACAAAAUCUGCUAUUAAAGCCAUCAAGCUAUACAAACAUGUUGUCCAGAUUGUCGAAAAGUUCAUCAAAAAGUGCAAACCAGAGUUAAAAGUGCCCGGUUUAUAUGUGGUUGAUUCCAUUGUUCGGCAAUCACGUCACCAAUUUGGUGUUGACAAGGACGUGUUUGGACCCAGGUUUUUGAAGAACUUCACAGAAACUUUCCAAAACCUCUAUCACUGUCCUGAGGACGAUAAGAGUAAAAUUGCUCGUGUGCUAAACUUGUGGCAGAAGAAUGGUGUGUUUGAUAUGGACAUCCUUCAGCCCCUGAUGGAUAUGGAGGAUGUUGUAAUUUCUCCUCCUCCUGCUCUGGAAGUUCCUGUUGACUUCCAACCAGAAACUGCACCACCUGUUAAUAAUGCCACUAAUACACCUACUGUACCUCAGCUGCCCAGUUCAGAUGCAUUAGCAGCUGUGGCACAGCUGCUUCAAUCCCCUCAUUGUCAAGAGCUGCAGAUGAUGCUCCAAAGCUUUCAACAGGCAGAAAAGACACGGACAGUCACUGCUGCUACAGACAACAUUUCAAACCCAAUACCAGUGAACCAGUUCGAUCUGUAUGCUGCUGAAACUGUUAAGAACGCUUCUUUAGCAGAGAAACUCCUUGAUCGGUUUGAAUAUGAUGAGGAUCCUGAGGAUAUUCUAGUUUCAGAUGGCAAAAUUCAAACACAAGUAUAUCCUGUUAACAAGUUAAACCAGUUUCCUGGCCAGAUGUUCAACACAGACAUUAAUUCUGAUCUGAUGGGACAGACUGGAGAUAUGAAGCACUUUAGAGGUAUGAGUCAAGGCGAACAUCACAUGACAGCCGAGGGGUGUAGUCCCAUUGGAGAGGGCUACUCUCAGUCACAGGAUAACUCGAGAGAAAAUUCAUCCAGGAGAUCAGAGAGCAUACGCAGAAGCUACGGCAUGAGAUCCAGAUCUGGUUCCAGGUCCCCCAGAAGAAGGAGAAGAUCGAGGUCUUCAUCUCGCUCAAGGUGGUCACGGCAACAGCGCUCUCGCUCCAGAGAACAGCGCUGGAGGUCUCGUUCUGGUUCUCGGGAUAGAAGCGAAAGAGAAAAGGACAGAGAGCGAAGGCAAAGAGGUCUUCCCGUCCUGAAAAGCCAGACUCUCAGUGUUUGCAGUACCACUCUAUGGGUUGGACAGUUGGACAAGAAAACUCAGCAGUCAGAUGUAAUGUCUCUUCUGGAAGAGUUCGGUCAGAUUGAGUCUAUUAAUAUGAUUCCUCCGAGGGGUUGUGCCUAUAUUGUUAUGGUUCACAGACAAGAUGCUUAUACAGCUUUGAGGAAACUCAGCAGAGGGUCUUACAAAGUCAACCAGAAACCUGUUAAGAUUGCUUGGGCAUUAAACAGAGGUAUUAAACCAGCACACAAAAAGUUUUGGGAUGUGGAGCAGGGAGUUACUUACAUUCCCUGGGGCAAAGUUAAAGUUGAUGAGUUGGAGACCUUUAAGGAAGGAGGUAUACUGGAUCUAGAAACUCUAAAUCCAGAGUGGAAUAUCGCUAGGGACUGCAACAACCAGGCAGCUGUAAACGGACCAGCGGAAAUGGUACCAGAUGUGACUGUCGCUGCUCAUGUUCAGAUGCCAGUCAUUCAAAAGGCAGAGCCCAUCGGAAGUCCGCCCCCGUUCCCUGGCCCCGUUAUGCUUUCUCCAUCAUCCUUACCUCCAGGAGGAGCUCCUUUCAUGCCCGCAGAGUUCACUCCUGCUAAUUUUGCAUUAGCUCCAGAAGAGUCCAAGAUAAAUUCCAAAGGAAACAAAGAUGCUAUCGGUACCUGCAACCAGUUGGCGCCCCCACAAACGAUGGCUAUGCCAAAUCCUGCAGUAAUGCAGGGACCACCCAUGCAGGCCAUGCCUCUACAGCCUCGUCCCACAAUGCCGAAUUCUCACAUGCACCGCUUCCCUUCACAUCCAAACAUGCAGCAUAUCCCCCCGCAAAUGAUGCCAGGUGGACCGGUGUAUCCAGGCAGAUUCAGAAUGCCCAUGCCCUUCCCUCCUCGUCGUCCUCCUGCUCAGCAGUAUCCACCUAUGGGACAUGAGAUGGAGCAUUUCAGAACUAUGAGGCCGGGAUUUACAUACCCACCUUUUGAAAGAGGGAGGUGGUAACCUGAGGAAGGACUUUGUAAGCAACUGGUGGUUCUGCAUCUUUCAUCCAGUCCCCCAACUAAAUAUGAUCUGUGGUUCUGUGUGUUUACCAGGGAAGACAUCUGUUUGGGUGUAUAUAUAUGUAUUUUUAUAAAUGUAAAGUUGUAUAGUAUUAUGUUUGAUUCAGUUUGUUGUUGUAGUGCACACAAAAAUACAGCAUGUCUAUUUUAUAACCUCUAACAACAUUUUUGUUUGUUUUUUCUGUAAAAAAAAUUCUAAACUGUUGUUUUGUUGUUUUUCAAAUACCAAGCAUGACCAUUUUUACAGAUACAAAUGGACUCUGUUAAGGAAAAAAAAUAUACAAGGAGAGAUAUUUUGUGUCUUGCCAGUAGAGGGUAGGAUAAACAUUGAGGUCACACCUUGUAGGAUUAUUUGCAGUGAAUAAAAACAAUGCUCACCAUUCAUUGUUUUCUAUGUUUCUGUAAACAUUGUGUAAUUUUUAACUUCAUGACAGAUGAAUUUAGGUUAGAAUACUUUUGAAAUUGCCCUAACUUUGACAUUUUUGGCUUUAUGAGUGAAAAAAGAUCCACUUAAUUAAACCCAUAAACCUGUAUUUAUGAUGCAUUUAUUUGCUCAUGUAAGGUGCAUCUGCAUGCAAGGCACGUGACGUGCAGACAUGCACAUCACGAGUACGUCUAAAUUGUUGCAUUCUUCAUUUGUCGCAUUUUAAUUUUGAAAUAAAUCGGGGAUUUUGUUUGAAACUCA